AUGGCUGAGUUGGUCAAACCAAAAAAACCAAAACAACGUGAACGGGUCACUCCACAAACUGAAACACCACAAAUUCCACCAAGGCCAACAGUUGUGAAUGGUGUAAGGUUACCUGAUGUUCCUAGUCAUAUUUUGCAACAACGACAGCAAAUUGAAGAAUCAGAGGAGAAUCCUUUGGAACGGGAAUCAUCACCGGAACCGGAAGAACUGUAAGUUGUUUUAAUUAAAACUUAAAUUUUUUCAUUGCAAUCAAUCGCAUUUUUGGCAAGAAAUGAACGCGAUGAAUUGAUAAAAACGUGAAGUUGUUUUUUUUUCAUCUACCGCAAAAAUCACGUUAUUUCAACUGAAUUAGUCCAUUCGAAAUAGUUUUAUUAUUUAGAGCUCUGAGUGAUGAAGCCGAAUCUGAAACAGAAGACAUUGUUCCGGAACCAGAAGUUGUCGCUCCACGAAUCCCACCGAGAAAUAUGAUAUUCCCCAGGUCUACAAGUAUGGUUGCUCAACAAACUCAAGACUUACCUCCGCCUGUACAAAAAAGAAGUGCAACACAAUAUCCAACCGUUCCUGAAUUAGCUGAACUUCCAUCUUAUAAUGCUGCCCUCAAUCAUCCUAAAUUAUAUCCACAAGUAAAACCACUUCAAACAUCUCAAAGUGUAUCAGCUCUUCCUGAAAAAACUCGAUUAUCUGCUCCUCCAGAAAUUACAAGAACAACGAUUGCUGAAGCACCUCCAAUGUAUCCAAGUAUUUGUAAUUAUGAAAGAAAUGAACAUGGAUUGAUGACUGAAGCGAAUUUAUUAGCAUUUUAUCAUAAUGCAAUGUAUGAAACUGCUGAACAAUAUGUUGAUAAUUUUAUACAAACAGUUGAAGAUCCAAUCAAUAAUGGAAGUCUUUUUCCACUUUUAAAACGUUUAAAAGAAGUUGCGGAUCAAAUGACUAUAACAGAAGUGAAAGAUAAAGAAUCAACUGAAAAAUUACAAAAAACAGCAAUUUCAUGUUGGAAACUUGCAACAUAUGCUGUACCGGCAACCGGAAAAUGUGGAUCAAAUCAUGAUGGAACAGGUCGAGCAACUUAUACUUCAUAUAAUUUACAACAAGAAAUACUCACAGAAAUGGAUAAAUUAUUGAAAGAAAACAAAGGGAUUAUUUUGGAUCAUAAAAUUUGUGAAGAAGCAAUGUAUCGAUCGCUUUGUUUACAAAUUCAAUGGCAAAUUAUUUUGAUCAAUAAUAAUUUUAUGGCUGAAAGUGGAAUAAGUGUUUCAACUCCAGCUACUUUGGUUGCUUCAGCUCCUUUGACACCAGCGAAAAUUGGAUUGCGAAAUGCGUUGAGUGAUUUAUUUUAUCAUUUGAGAUUUCCAAGAUUAUUGAAAAGAUAUACAGAAACAAUUACCGAAUGGAUUAAAGAAAUUGUAAGUGAUUUUUGAAAAGUUUUUUUUUUUGAAUAAUAUUAGUUUUGCAGAUAUGUGUUUUGAAUAAACGUCAAACUUGUGAUGAUGGAAUAUUUCUACUUUGUCAUAUUCUUCGACUUCCUUCACCAAUUAAUCACUGGGCUCCUCCAUUUGUUCAAACAUUCAUCCAAUCUCAAUCUCCGCCAAGAUUAAAACUUGAUUAUUGUUUGGCUCUCCUAACCCAUCUUCUGAAUCCAAUCAAGUAAGUUUUCGAAAAAUAGUUCAUGAGGGUUUGAAAUAAGAAUACAGAAGCCUGUUCAACAUUUUAAAAAAAUUUCAGAGCUCGAGAAUCAUUUCUCCGUCAUAUUGCUCAAUCUGAAAAUGAAGAAUCUACUUGGGAAAUAUUAGACGAUGAUGAUGGAGAAGCUGAUGAAUUUUCAUUUGUCACAAUAAAUGAAAUGGAUCUCACAGCGCUUCUCGACCAACUUCCGAUUUCUGAAAUUUAUUCGAUAAACUACACUGCUUUCACUUCAUGUAUAAUAUUUUCUCUAUUCUUUUUUGUUUCAAAACUAUAUAAUUUUCAGAUGCUGACAAAGGUUCUCAAUUCACUGCUAUGGUUGCUUUCCAACUUCUUCUGAUGAAAAUUCUUGAUAACGGGUUGACGAAUUAUUCAAAACCAGGAUAUAAAUCAUUUUGUAAGCAGAUUGGGAUAAGUCUCAAGUGAGUGAAUUGAUUUUUAUUGUAUUUCAAAAGCGGGAAUUAUUUAGGCACAGUGUCCGCGAACUUUGUAAUAAUUGGAUUUUAAUGCGAUCUCAACUUCCACCAAAUGAAGAAUAUCAAAUGCAAAAAGAGGUUGAUCGAAUUGUUCUGAUCGCUUUGAAUUAUUUGAUCCAUCGUGAUAGUGUUGGAUUAUUUCAAUUUGUUGUUUCUUUGCCAUAUGGAAUUGUUUCGGAAGAAUGUCGAAAUCGAUGUGAAUUUGCAUUGAGAUCUGUUAAUAAAAUGACUAUUCAUGAAUUAUUCGAAAUACCGAUUUCUCAAGUUUUGAGUAAAAAUCAGAAUUGUGAGUUUUUUUUUGCUAUGUUAUGUUUGAAACUUGAAUUUUUAUCUAGAAAGUGGAAGUUAAUUUAUUUAUAUUCGUUAAAAUUUUUUGCACAAAACUAUCAAUACCAAUUUUUUAAGCUGUUAUUCGACAUCGAAUCGAUCAUCUUGGCCCACAAGAUUCGGAAUUUCUUGUGAAUUCUCUCGCCUCGAUUGGUUCGAAUUCAAAUUCAGAUGUUACAAAUCUCAUCAAACAAUUAAUCGAUGUUUGUUUUUGUGAUGAAUCAACUCGAGAUAAUUUAUAUAAAUGUGGUGGCGAAGCAAUUGGACAACUUUUGACAAAACGACCAGAUGUUCUUCAUCAACUUUUGAGUAUUGUUGAUCGAAGUUUAUCUCAUAUGGAUAAUGUAAUUCAUUUAUUUCUUUAUCGAUUAUUUCCCAAAAAAAAUAAUUUCAUUUUCAGUAUGCAAUAAAUGUGCUAUCGUCAUCUCGAUUAUUUCAUUGUCGAUUAACUGAACCAAUGAUGAGUAUAAUUGGAAAAUGGCUUAUAAAUAAUCCACCUGAACACGGUGGUAAUCGAUUAGCUCGUCGUGUUCUUUCUGGCCUUCAUUGGGGCCCAUCAGCUGAUGGUCAAAAUUUAUGGAUUGAUCCAGAAGUUCAUGUAAUUGCGGCUGAUUGUAUUGUCAAAGCACAUUCUGUUCAUUGUUCUCGAUCGAAUAGUAUGAUUUCAAAAUCACUCAAACAAAUUGCCAAACUUGCCAGUAAAAUGGGUGAUGCUGAAACGCAUUUUCAGAAUUUUUGCUGGGAUCUUCUUGUCAAAUUGAAAUUGCCAAAACAAGAUUCGAAAAAUGGAAACGGAAAUGGACAAGAUUUAACAGCACUUUAUGUGAAAAUUGUACAAAAUUAUGAGGAAGAAGCGCCUUUAUAUUUGGAAAAAGCUGUACCAUUGUUAUCUGAUUUAGUUGCAUCCGCAAGUUCUGUUGCUUCAGUUGUUUUAUUAUCCAGAUUUAUUGCACAACAUUAUUCAGAUGUUAAUCGAUUAGGAGCUGAUAAAAAGUAAGUUGGAUUGAAAUUUCGAAAAAAAAUGAAGAGAAAAAAUAUAUCAUUUUUGUUUUUUACAGUUUCAUGUCAGUUUUCGAGAAAAUUCUACACGUCGAUCAACUUCCUUAUGCUGUUCAAUGGCUUUCUGGUCCUUCUUCUACUCCAACUCCAAUUGUUCGAUUAAUUUGCUCUGGAAUUUCGGUAAUUUUUUUGAACGGCUGAAAAACAAAUUAUAUUUUUCGAAACAGUAGAAAAACUUAUGCUGACCCUUCUUUGUGACCUUUUCUUGAGAAAAAUAAUUUGAAGAAAGUUUUUCUUUGACUAAAACUUCAGGGACCAGCAAAUUAUUAAACAUAUUUUUCAUUCUUCACUCAAUUUUUACAGUACUACUGUAAUCGUAUUCCAAAUGUUCCCGCAUAUCUUCGAGCUUGGUUAUUUUUGUUGUGUUCGGCUAGAAGUUCUUGGAAUGAAGAUGCUGUUACAUAUCAGAUUAUCGGAACAAUUGUUCGAAUAUCUUUCAUAACUCAAAAUGGAGAUCUAGAUGGUCUUAUCGAAGUUUUGCAGCAAGUUUAUACGGUAAUUUUUUUGUUAGAAAAAUCAUUGAAGUACACUCAUUUUUUUAGCAGCAAAUGGCGAACGAGAAAAAUCAAUCAAAAGGCCUGUUUUCUGUGUUUUCAUCUGAUCCACCUCCUUCUCCACUUAUUCCUGAUUCAAUGUUAUCAAUUUCUCCAUUUGCUUCUUAUUUGAUGCUUCUCGUUGAACAAACUGCUUUUGGAAUGUUUUAUUCGAAUUUUUUCGAUGCGUUGGCGAAAAAAGAUAAAUAUACAUUGGAUGAUGCUAUUAAAGUGAGUUAUUGAAUUUGAAAAAUAUCAGGGAUAUUUGUUUUGGGCCAAGUUUAUCAGGUGAAAAAUACUCAACUUUUAGAAAGCUCAGUCGAAAUCGAAUAUCACAUUACCUUUGGAAAGAAUAUCAGUUUUUCGAUGGGCUGAAAUGAUGAAACAUUCAAAUGAGUCUCCAGUUUUUCCAUUGAUUAUGCAACAAUUAGCUACUGAAGCUUAUAAAUUGAGAAAUGCUAAUAAGUGAGUUUUCCCCUAAUUCUUUCCCGACUUCAAAAAACAAUAGUUUUUCUAGUCAUACACUUUGUUUUGCUCGAAGAUUGAUUGAUGAUUCAUCGAGUAAAAUAUUGAUGGAUUCUUGUCGAAAAGCGAUUGAAGAAUCAAAACAAGAUACAAAAGGAUUAUCUCGAGCUGUUAUUGGAUGGCUUUUCACAAAACAUGAAGUUACACGAACUGGUUUCGAUUUCUCGGUUUUCGACUUGGAUUAUCUUCUCCAAUUGAUAUUAACUGGUGAUACAACAAUUUGGAUGGAUUAUGUAAAUAUUCCCGCAAUUAGUUCCGAAGAAUUCAAUGAGCAAAAAUUGUAUUCAACGACUUGUCAAUUGACAGCAAAAAUGAGAAAUGCACCACAACAACCGAUUGAAAUAGGUUCACCGAGAGGGCGAUCAUCUGCUCUGCCAUUUCCAUUAUUACCAGUUCAUAAGAAAAUUCCAGUUGCUCCAAAUAUCGAUCCAAUUAUGUUAUUUAGAAGAGAAGUUGUGAGAUCACAUUGUUCGGAAUAUUGUGAAAGUUUGAAACAAUUGACUGGGUUUGUUUUUUUGGAAGUUUCUGUUUUUUCUGUAAAUGUUUUUUCCUGUAAAAAUUUAUCAGUAAUGAAAAGUUGUGGCUGUGAAAAUUAAAUAGCUCCAGUUUUUCUCAUUUCCUAAAAAUUAAUUUUUCAACUUCUAUUUUUUUUCAGAAAAUAUAUUGAAUGUGAUGAUCAAAUAUCUCGAUAUGAUAUUGAAUAUAUUGCGAAAAUUCGGCAACUUUAUCAACCAACUCAACAAAUUGUGCCAGUUGUCAUAACUUGUAAACAAAAUUGUGGAAGUUCUGGAAAUCGAACAAUGCAAGUCAAUCCGAAUGUUUUGAAUCAAAGUGUUGAUGCAGAAAUGAGCACAAAUCGAAAUAAACGAAACGAAUAUUAUACAAAUUUAUCGGAUUUGAUUGAUAAAGUUGCUGUUUCAUCAGCAAAUAUUGAACAUAUGACAAGAAUGAUUGCAAUUAUUGCGAAAAGUAUGGAUAAAUCAAAUCGAGAUAUGGUUCAAAUAACUGGAAGUGAUAUAUUCAAAUUAUUAACUCAAGUUGGAGAAAAUGAUAUGUUAUUUAGUGUGGCAAUGGAAACAUAUCGACAUGCUUUGAAGGCCCUUGGAAAGGUAUUUUUUUAUUUGUUUUUGUUUUCGCAAAAAAUAUAAACAAGAAAGGUUUUAUUUAAUUAAUUUUUUCUGCAAAAAAAUUAUAUUUCCCUCAUUAUUUUUAUUUUUCUUCGACAGGAAUUCGUAGAAUGUCGCGCGGAAGAACAAAUGAAUGUGAUGCAAUUGGCAUUAAAUGAUUUUGUGCUCGCAGAUGUAUUAGUUGAGGUAACCCCUUUUCUUUUUCUCCCCAUUUUUUUUCUAAUUAAUUCGCCACCCUCAACAUUGUUUUUUCCAAACAUCAGAUUUUCACACCCGAAGUGUUGAAUUCGCAAGAUUUGUGUGCGGUUUAUACGAAAUUAUCCGAAGCGAUCAGAAUGCCCGCGAAAUCUCAGAUGGCUUUUCAAUUGUUGGGUUGGUUUUUUGGGGCAGGGGAAAUUUUAGGGGGGUUCGAAAUUGACUGAUUAGAAACUCGAAAUAAUUGUUUUUUUUACUUGAAAACUUAUUUGUUUAAUUCAUAACAUUCAUUGGAAAUUGAAGGAAAUCUUAAUCAUUUUUCAUUAGAAUUUUUUGAAAAUUCCAAUCUUUAAAUUAUUCCAGUAAUGUUCUGA